AUGUUGUCUGUUUGCUACAGGGACCAACAACCAGCACAAGAAACCCAGCUCCCUCAGAAGAUACAGCAAGGGGCAACCCAGAUUGGCCAACAGAUGGAUCUGCUGUUUGCUGUGGGAGGAUGUCAUUUGGCUAGUGAUAUCAUCAGCGGAGUGGAGUGUUACAACCCACUGUCCCAUGAAUGGAAAUUGCUGGGCGCUUCAUGCAAGCACCGAUGUGGUACAGGAGUGGCUGCCUUGAAUGGCUGUAUUUAUGCAGUUGGGGGUUAUGAUGGAACUACUUGCCUUAGCAGUGUGGAAAGAUAUGAUCCCAUGAUCAAUGAAUGGAGAAAUGAUGUGGCCCCACUGGCAGAAAGCAAACGAGGUGCAGGGGUCACUGAGUUAGGGGGUUUCCUGUAUUGUGUGGGAGGUCACAACGGACUGACCUGUCUCAGUUCUGUGGAAAGGUACGAUCCCAAGGAGAACAGGUGGUGCAAGGUAGCCCCUCUGACUCAUCGAAGAUCAGGUUUGGGUGUGGCUGCCCUGGAUGGCUACCUUUAUGCCAUUGGGGGCUCAGACGGCCACUCUCCGUUACGAUCAGUGGAACGCUACGACCCCGCAGAGGACGCCUGGCGCCCCUGCGCCCCCCUGAGAGUCCCCAGGGAAACCUUCGGCUGCACCGCGCACCGGGGCAAGAUCUACGCGGCCGGCGGCCGGGACGAGCUCACCGAGCUGGGCAGUGCCGAGCGCUUUGACCCCGGCUCCAAUGAGUGGCUGCCCAUGACGCCCAUGAGGUCCAAGAGGAACAAGGUAAGUCUAGUAGGAGCAAAUGGAUACCUCCUGGCAGUUGGAGGCUUUGAUGGAGUAAUACACUUGGCAACAGUGGAGGCUUUUGACUUUGAAGCCAAUCAAUGGAGAGUAUUUGGCAAUAUGAAGAAUCGUCGUCCAGGAGGAGGUGUGGGUGUCCUGAAGAUGACUAUUUAGAAUAACUAACGCUCAAGGUGUUUGGAAUGAAGAAAAGAAAGAAUUAAAAAACCUUUUCAGAAGCCUCAUCCAUCCACAGGAGAAGCAUGGAGAGAAGGUUCAGGAAAGACAUUGAGUUCCCUGUGAUCAGGUCUGUGAAUAGAGAGAAAAUCAAAAAUACAGCACAUCCCAAGAGCACUGACUUAACCACAUGACCUCUUCUCAAGUGACUGUUAGGAAAGCCUAGUCAUAUCAUGUUCAAGCCAACAUGAGUCCUGGCCAAGACCAGUAUCUCCCCCAAAAAAACCCAACCUUCCAGUAAUACCUGUUGUUAUGCAGCCCUAUCUUCAUUAUAAGCAGGCAGAAUUAUAGAAUUCAGAAGACAAUGGGACUUUAGAGAUCAUCUAAUCUAGUGAUUACCAAUUUUGGAACGCCCUUAGACUCCUUUGAACCCCUGUGGACUACUUUGGAGAAAUCAUAGAGUUAUUUUGAAAGGAUUCAUCUUACUAAACGAUUUGAUAUAAAAAAAUAAGUAAACAUACUUUUAAAAUAAAAUGUCUCAAAUAUAUAGAUACUAUUUUCAAAUAUAAGUAGAUGCAACUAUGAUUGAUAAUUAUAAAUAAAGUAUUGGA